AUGGAUAUGCUGGUUGCAUUAAAAAACCCUUCGCUAAUUGCUCCUAAUUUAUUGUCUAAUUUCGAGUGUCCAAUAUGUAACGAACUAUUUUACGGAACUGUGCAAAUUUGCGUGAAGGGACACAGUGUUUGUGAGUCUUGUACUAAACAAUUGGAAAGAUGUCCUAUGUGCGGUAUGUUCUACAAAGGAGGACGAAAUUACAGUUUGGAACAAUUGCUGCGCUACAUGAAACUACCUUGCAUGUAUAAUCAUAAUGGUUGUACAAAAUAUUUAGCAACAGUAAAUUUCAAGGAUCAUGUAAAAGUCUGUGCCUCCAGGGAUAGAAAAUGUUUUGCUGCAAUCGAUCAGAACGAAGACUGCCAGUGGACCGGAACAAUAGAAAAUAUGGUUAAACAUCUCCAAAAUGAUCACAAAGAUUUAGUGAUAGGAAAUAAAAACGCAUUUAUUUGGAAUUUCAACAAAUCUAAAUAUGGAGCAAAUCUCGUCGGUGAUGAAUACUUCUUAUUUCGUUGCAGACUAGCAGUCGGUAGCAGAGAAUCAUUUUGUUUUGCAAUGGUACCAGCAAUGGGUCUAAUGAAGAAAACACCCAAGACAUUACCUAAAAGUUCAAAAUCUUACUGGAAAUUAACUUUCAAAAAUUUUCAAAUUAAACACAAAUCCUUCCAAUAUUGCGAUCUCCUUGAUGAUGAUUUCGAGUUCAUAAUACGUAAACGUAACCUUGAUGUUUUUUUAAAUAAACAUAAUUUCUGUCCUGAAAUUUUCACAGGUGCCAUCGAAUUUAGCGCAGAGGUUGUUGAUAUGUGA